AUGGCUAAAGUAGAGCAACCAUUGUUUAUUUUACCAAAGAAACGAAAUGGAAAGAAGCUAAACUCAAUAGGUGGGCAUGUUGACCACAUCAUCACUGUUCAGGGAGCUACAGAUACAGACAUUGCAUCAAAAUACCAAAAUGGGUUAUCACCAGUAUCUGAACAUGUUACUAACGGGAUAAUUCACUCUACAAUGGAAGGCCUCAAAUCAAACAUGAAAAUAAACUUGCCCAUCAUCAAUGAUGUUAAUGAUGAAGAUAUUACAGAAAUAAUCACUGAAUCUAAACCAUGUCUGCAGAAAAAUGGCUACCAGCCUUUAACUUUGAAUAAUAGUAGAGAAAUUAUUGAUCUUUCACCUAUCUAUGAAAACUCUUCAGAUGCAUGCUCUAGUCAUGGAGAUUUGAGAGAUGACAAUGAUGUGAAUGAUGAAAUACAGAAAAGUUGCAGAAUGUUAAAUUCGGACACUAACGAAAGUGCAUGCCCAACUCCUAAUACCCUUUCUCAAACUCAUUCAGAAGUAAGUUUGGAAAUGGGCACAAUGACUGAUAGCCUCAAAAAUAGUGCUAAGAAAAAGAAGAAAGUUAACAUUAUUUCUGGUAUUACAGAGUCAGAAAAUAUAGAAACAGAGAUCACAGCCUUAAGAGUUGAUUCCGAAGCAUCUCUUACUACUGACUGCUCAUUAUCAGAGAGUAAAGAUGGUUACUUGACAAUGACUGGAACAAUAAAACGUGGUAAGAAAAAAGGUCAAAAUGUUGAUGUAAAACUAAAUAUAUCUCGUGAAGAAUUGGAAAUUAUCGAAGCAUCAAUUGUUGCAGAUGAGUUAAGUAAAAUGGAUGUGUCUCAAUGCUCACUGUAUAACGGUCCACAUAUAUUUUUAUUCAGCCUCCUUAUUGUACCAUUUGUUGUCUGUAUUUCUGCUGGCUAUUCAUUUUAUAUGGGUACUCUGGCUUGGUACAAUAUUUUUUCACAUAUUACUGAAGAGUUUACAUGUGUUAAAAAGAUGUUUUUGGCACCUAUAGUAAUUUUAUCAUACCCAUUUCUAAUUGUUAUAUUUACAAUUGGUUUAGGACUUUAUGCAGGUAUAGUACAAUUGACAUUUAGUGGAGCAAAUUGGUGGAAAGAUGUAUGUGACUUUGAGAAAGGUUUUUAUGGUUGGUUAUGUAAUGUAUUGGGCAUGUCCGAGUGUAGUCCAUAUGAGGUUGUAAUUCUAAUGGAUGUCAAACCAUAA